UGCAGCUUUAUUGGCUGCCAAACAUCCUGGAAAAAAGAGCGAGCCAGCCUGCGGAGUGUGGAGCUGCCCUCAGAGCAGCAGCCCAGCAGCCUAUUUCCUCGCUCCCAGACCCUCUCUGGCCCAUCUGCGCACUGAGACCUGAGAUGUAGGAGACCAGGCGUGGACGGUUCGGCUAGUGACUGAGCAAGUGGUGGGGAUAAGGCACGAGGAUGUCCAUGAGGAACCCCAUCUCUCCCCAUCUGGACCUCGAUGGAGCCGGCAACAUGGUGAACUGCGCCAUCAAGACAGAGGGGAAGGAGAGCUGCUACGAGUCCCCAAAGGGAGCAGCUGCCGGCCCCGAGUCCCAUGCCAGCAGCUUGCACGGAGCACCGCCAUCACUGAGAGACACCACUGACCCCCGGGCCCUGCCACAGGAAUCCCCGUCCCCCGGGAACGACGCAAUAGACUCCAAGAGCUCCACGUUCGAGCCUGCCGUAGGCAGCCAGGAAAAGUUGGACUUCAAUAGAAACUUGAAAGAGGUUAUGCCAGCCAUUGAGAAGUUACUCUCCAGUGACUGGAAGGAAAGGCUUUUGGGAAGAAAUAGCAUGGAAUCCAAAGAGGUGAAAGGUACCCAGGAGAGCUUAGCGGAGAAGGAGCUGCAGUUACUUGUCAUGAUCAACCAGCUCUCCACGCUGAGGGACCAGCUCCUGACAGCCCAUUCAGAGCAGAAGAACAUGGCAGCCAUGCUCUUUGAGAAGCAGCAGCAGCAGAUGGAGCUGGCCCGGCAGCAGCAGGAACAGAUUGCCAAGCAGCAGCAACAGCUCAUUCAGCAGCAGCACAAGAUUAACCUGCUGCAGCAGCAGAUCCAGCAGGUCAACAUGCCCUAUGUCAUGAUUCCAGCCUUUCCUCCCAGCCAUCAGUCACUCCCAGUGGCUCCAGACUCCCAGCUAGCACUUCCCAUCCAGCCCAUCCCUUGCAAACCAGCUUCUCUUUCUGCAGUGGAGUACCCAGUGCAGCUACUACACAGCCCUCCUCCGCCGUCACUCAAGAGACCCACCAGCUCCAGCCACCUCCAGAUGCAGGAGUCUUCACAGCCCCUGAACCUAACGGCCAAGCCCAAAGGCCCUGAGCUCCCCAGUGCCUCCAGCUCUCCGAGCCUGAAGAUGGGCAGCUGCCAGUCCCUCACACCGAAUCACGGGGCCACGCGGGACCUGCAGUCCAGCCCUUCCAACCUGCCCCUGGGGUUUCUGGGAGAGGGGGACGCCAUCACCAAAGCCAUCCAGGAUGCCCGGCAGCUCCUGCACGGCCACAGCGGGGCCUUGGAGGGCUCUCUGAGCAACCCCUACAGAGUGAAGGACCACGUCGGAGUGGACUCCUCCCCAGCUAAAGAGCGGGUGGAAGAGACCUGUGCACACAGGCUGGACGAGGCCAUGAUAACCUGUGACAUGGAUGGCUCACGGCACUUCCCCGAGUCCAGGAACAACAACCACAUCAAGCGGCCCAUGAACGCCUUCAUGGUCUGGGCCAAGGACGAGCGGCGGAAGAUCCUGCAGGCCUUCCCAGAUAUGCACAACUCCAGUAUCAGCAAGAUCCUGGGGUCCCGGUGGAAGUCCAUGACGAACCAGGAGAAGCAGCCCUAUUACGAGGAGCAGGCACGGCUGAGCCGGCAGCACCUGGAGAAGUACCCAGACUACAAGUACAAGCCGCGACCCAAGCGCACCUGCAUCGUGGAGGGCAAGCGACUUCGCGUGGGCGAGUACAAGGCCUUGAUGAGGAACCGGAGGCAGGAUGCCAGGCAGGGCUUCUUGAUAGCACCCCAAAGCAGCCAGAUGCAAGCCACCUCCUCAGAUGUCCUGUACCCGAGGCCAGUGGGUUUGCAGCUGACGCCACCGCUGAUGGAGCACUACCUGCCCCGCGGCACAGACCCCAACAUGCCCGUCAUCAUCAACACACGCAGCCUCAAAGCCCAGGAGGCCGACGGCGCGGAGGACAGGCACUCAGUUGCGGAUGGCGAGAUGUACCGGUACAGCGAGGAGGAGGACUCCGAGGGCGAGGACAAGAGCGAUGGGGAGCUAGUGGUGCUGACGGACUGAGCCGGGGCAGGCAGGGAGGGUGUGUGGGGUGGGCAUGAGCGGAGGAAGGGCAGCACCUGGAACUGAAAGGGUGGGAGCGUGGGGACAAGGUGGGCAGGGGGAACAGCCCCUGUGGCUUGGCUCCCUGUGGUAAAAGGCUCUGGGAUGCAGCAGUGCUGCAAAGCAUCACUCCCUGGGCCAGGAGGAGCCUCUCCCAUCAGAGAGGCCUGGCACAUAGGGCACCAUCGGCUGUGAACAGGGGACCUGGGGCGGGCAUGUGCCAAAGCAUGGGGCACAGACUCAUCCUCACGCCCCCUCUCUGGAGGGAAAGGAGUUGGCUUCACCAUGCAGAGCAGCACUGGGGUUUACUCGCAUGCUUCCUUGGCACUGGGGCAUGUUCCUGGGACAGAGAGGGGCAGCGGUGCAGGCUUGGGGCUGGAGCACAGCCAGAGCGGGUGCCCAAGCAGGCGGGUGUCUUCAGGAGGUCUGCUGAGAGCAGAGCAGUGGCGACCAUGCGGCAGACCCUGCUGCUGCCCUGUGAGACCUGCUGGCGCCUGCAUUCACGGGGCCUGCAAGAAGGUUCAAGGACUGGCUAUGGGACCAGGCAGCGGGGAGGCCCCCAUGCCCAGGACAGUGUGAGCGGUGCCCGGUGCAUGGAGACAGGCUGGAAAGCCUGGGACAGACAAGAAGCAGGCUCAGGCUGAUGCUUCUGUCUCUUGGUCCACCUCUGAUGCUGCAGCCUCUUGGUCCGCCUCUCCCCAGUGCGGCUUGAAGGAGCAGCUCCUGCCUGCUGGGCUCAGAGCCAUUAGUGGAGGGGUCCCAAGCAAGUGAUCGAAAUGACCCUCCCAGGCCUGGGGGGGUCUGCAAAGGGGGUCUGGCUCUCCAGAGGUUAGACAAGGGGAGACCACCGUGGCCUGUUCCCCUGUCCCCCUCCCUGAGGAAGUCAACGCUGGUUGUGGCGCCAGCCGAGGUGAAUCCUCACCUGUCCAGGGCCCAGCCAGCUGCCCGAGCAGCUGUGGCCACGCAGUGGCCCCGCUUCAGCCGGGCACUGAGGUCUCCGUUGUGCUCGGUAGCAACCGGCGUGGGGAACACUUGUUGCUCAUUCAGGCGCCGUACCAGGCCGCUCGGCUCCCGCGCCCCCCUCUGCCCCCCCACGGGCCGCUUGCUUGUUCCCACUCGCUGGCUGCUGCCUGCCAGUAAAUUCCCAUGGAGUCAUUUUUAGCUCUCGCCUAGCAUGAGAAAGCGCCAAGGUCUCAGAGGAGCGCCCUUUUGUGCGCCUGACAGCUCUGGCCCCGUUUGUAAAUAAAGCUGCUGCCUGUUUCCCAGCCCUGCUGUCUGUGCCCCCCCGCCCCCCCAAACAACCCCAGAAAGCUGCAGGGAAGGGGCCUGCCCCCACCCCCCAAAACCUGCAGCAGUGGGUACACAGGGAGCCCCUGAGGCUGGGUAAUGGGGGGGUCCUCUGUGCCUUUUCCCAGCUGACCAACCCUUCCCCCCAAUCCAGCAGGGUGGCGGAGCUCGGUUCUCCUGCAGCUUUGCAGAGCCGCUGCCAAAGACGUGCAGAAAACAAACCCGCCAGCCAGCUCCGUGCCCUGCACCCAGCACUACCCUAGGGGCCCGUGCAUUGAGCCAUGGGGCUGUCCUUGGUGCUUGUGCCCAGCGUAGGGGGCCAGCAGCCCCUGGCGGUGCACACAGACAUGACGCCCAAUGUACAGCCAGUGUCCUAGCCAAGGGGCCUGGAGGGGCGUCCUGGCAUCACUGGGUGCUGCAGGACUGGCUGUCCUCGGGCUGCACGGGUGGGGAGGACAAACUGAAACACCCAAGCCCCUGCUCCAUCUGAACCAGACUGCUGGGUGUGGGGGGGAGGGCAUGUCACUUUGUGAAGGGAUGGGCUAGUAACCCCCCCC